AUGGCAACUCCACUACGCACCAUCGCGGCCGCAGGUCUACGCCGUGUCCGCUCGGGCAAAGCCACGGGAGCAAAUCUACCUAAGCCUAUGCCUACCAUCACUAAUAACAUCGUAUACCGUCCCUUCACAGCAACAGCACCAAUUGCAUUGUCAUCACCGCAACCCAAAAUCCUCCUUGAUGAUCGGGACUCCGGAUUCGGGUUCGUGCGGCAUAACCCGGCGCCGCCGAAGCCACGUACCCGCUCCGUGACCGAGAUCCGGGGACCAUACUACAGCGUCAUGGGCCCACGAUACCUCUCUGAUGUGCUAGAGACGAUGGGCACGCAUGUCGACGGGCUCAAGUUCGCCGGCGGAUCUUUCAGCCUGUUCGCAGAACCUCCAUUGCGACAGUUGAUUGACCUAGCGCAUUCGCACGGGGUUUACGUGAGUACGGGCGGUUGGAUCGAGCACGUCCUAGCUUCUAGCGGCGGCGACAUAGCAGGGGCCGUCGAUAAGUACCUAGCCAAGUGCAAGGACCUAGGGUUUGACGUGAUCGAGCUGAGCACGGGGUUCCUGUCGCUACCGCCUGACGACUGGCUGCGACUAGCAGAGCGCGUGCAAAAGGCGGGUCUGAAACCCAAGCCCGAGCUCGGCAUCCAGUUCGGCGCCGGCGGCGACACUUCCGCUGCGGAGCUACAGAGUAUCGGCACGAGCGACCCGAGCAAGGUGAUUAAUAUGGCGAAGCGGUUCGUGCAGGACGCUGGCGUCGAGCGUGUUAUGAUUGAGAGCGAGGGCAUCACGGAGAAUGUGCAGGCUUGGCGCACGGAUGUCAUCCAGGCUAUUCUACGAGAGUUACCGCUAGAGAAUGUCAUGUUUGAGGCGGCUGAUCCGUCGGUUUUCAACUGGUACAUUCGAGAGUUCGGCGUCGAUGUCAAUCUCUUCGUUGACCACUCUCAGAUCGUCCAGCUAGCUGGACUGAGAGCUGGUAUUUGGGGCAAGAGUGACACCUUUGGCAAGAUUACUACUUACCGACCUUAG